AUUGCAGCACAUCCUCAACAGAUUCCGGUGUCGGUUUGGUUGAUAACUCAGCGACAUACAGAGCGAGUCCAACGAUCACGAAGAGCAAAAAAGAACGAAGAAACAAAGAAGACGCAUGAGAGUGCCGAAACAGCAGCUGGAGGAGAGAAAGAGGAGAAGGCAAAACCCGACGCGGAAGCGAAACCGCAACGUAUCAGCAUUGAGGUGGAGGCUAAAGUGAACCUCAACAAGGCAACCACAACAAGGAAAACAUCACCCGCUCUUUCAGUACGCAGCACCACAAUCUCGAUAGUGUCCAUCGAUGAAGAUGCCAUCGACUCCAGUUGCAUUGACAGCGAUUCCGAGGCGGAAGCCGACGAUGGCUGCACGGUCCACAAACUGGGGCAACAGGUCAAAUUCCCGCCACAAAGCGAAGAGUUGACGCAGCUCAACAAGGGACUGACCGUGAUCAGUCGUCAGGUGCUGCCCAACAAUGGCCAAGGGCCACAUCCGCCAGCGGCUGCUGCCGAUGUGGUUGCCCAACAGGUGCUCAAUGGCAACAUGAAUCUAGCCACGCCCUCAAAUCCAGCCUCGCCGCAACAGCAAAUUGGCAGCAUUGCGUUGACCAACACCACAGACGUUACCUUUGGCGAUAAGCAUUACUACGAGGGACCCGUGACGAUACAACAGAUCCUCAUCGAUAGUCGCGAUAAGUGGAAAACGGCCGAAGGUCAUGAUAAUCCAGCAUUCAAUACACAGGCAACGCCCAACGCUACAGAUUGCGCAUACGCAGCGUGGGUUGCAGUGAAGAAGACAUUGCGCAUGUGGCUCCGGCCAAUACGGAUUUUAUUUCGCAUUUGUUGCGAUUUUAGCAAUCGCCGAUAUUCAGUGGCCCCAGAGAUGUCGAGCAACGAGUACACACUGCGAUCUUGUCUGAAGUGCGGCGACUUUAUCAAGAAAAGUCCCCUCAAGUGCGUUGGCAUUUGUGACCGCGUCUGUCAUGUCCGCUGCUCUGGUCUUUCAGAGCAACAGCUAGACAAUGUGCGAAACAGUGGCUGGCGCUGCGAUCGUUGCAUAGAGCAAAGUCAGCCAGAGCACAUGCUAAAGCUGCAGCAGUGGCUUAGGCAGCAUGAGAAGCGUUUGGAAGCUCUGGAGGCUGGAUUGAAUAGCAAAUUGAAUAACUCCUGCGAGGCGCCAGCGUUAUGUCCUUUUCUGCCGCACAGCAUCAGUCGCAAGGCCAUCAUAAUAACGGGCAUACUCUUAGGAUUAACCAUUAUAAUGGGCGCCCUACUGGCAGUCAUAUUGGGCAAGACACCGUUGAAAAGUAAGCUUGGUGAUGGCGAAGAUACCAGACAAAGUAUUCCAAUCAAUUCACCAAUAGAUGAGGUCAACAUUGGCGGCGGUUUGGUGCUGCGAUAUGUGCCACGUGCCGUGUGGUUGGCUCAGCCACCGCAAAAGGAGCUGCCGAGCCUCUCGCUGCCCGUGCCCAUGGUCAUACUGCUGCCCACGAACUCGGAGAACUGCAGUACCCAGGCACAGUGUGUGUUCAAGGUGCGUUUCCUGCAGACCUUCAACAUUGAGUCCGAACGUCGCGAUGAUAUUUCCUUCAAUUUCCUGAUUGGUGGCGAUGGCAAUGUGUAUAUCGGUCGUGGCUGGGAUUUGGUUGGAGCCCACCUGAAUGGAUACAAUACAAGAAGUGUGAGCUUCGCCUACAUUGGCACUUUUCAGCACCAGGCACCGUCGCCUAAGCAGCUCAACGUUACGCGAUUGCUGCUUGAGGAUGGCGUCAACCGGGGCAAGAUUGCGCCCAACUACAAACUGGUUGGGGCCAGUACUUUGGAGCCCACAAUUACGCAAUACAAUGCCGAUCGGCUGUAUCAGAGCUUUAGCAAUUGGACCCAUUGGACCACAGUAAUAUACUUAGAGAUGCCGAGCAACGAGUACACGCUUCGAUGUUGUCUAAAGUGCGGCGACUUAAUCAAGGAAAUUCCCGUCAAGUGCGUUGGCACUUGCGACAGUGUCUGCCAUGUUCGCUGCUCUGGUCUUACAGAGCAACAGCUUCACAAUAUGGAAAACAUCGGCUGGCGCUGUAAUACUUGCAUCGAAGAAAGUCAAAGAAAGCACUCUCUAAAGCUGGAGUCUUUGGUGAAGCAGCAUGAGAAGCGUUUGGAAGUCCUGGAGCAGGGCAUGAUAACUCUCGUGGGACGCCAAUUUUGUGUCCAUCUCUGCGCCCCCUGUUGCAUCAGUCGCAAGGCCAUUUUAAUAAUGGCUAUAAUCAUGGGAUUAUCCAUGGUAAUUGGGGCCUUACUGGCAGUCAUAUUUGGCACGACGGCAUUGAAAAUGUCACUACAGGUAAUCAGUAUAGACGGCUGGGGUGGACGACAGUCAAGGAAUGUUUUGACUCCUCUCAACUUACCCGUCCAUCGAGUGAUUAUUUCACACACCGCCGCCGAAGGAUGUGAAUCCGAGGAUAUUUGUGCCGCUCGAGUUCGUUUGGUGCAAAAUUUUCACAUGGAUGGUUAUCAAUGGGAUCAAAUUGGCUACAAUUUCCUAAUUGGUGGCGAUGGAUUGGUGUAUGAGGGCCGCGGCUGGGAUACUCGGGGAAGUCAUACCAUGGGCUACAAUAUCGAUAGCAUUGGCAUCGCUUUUAUGGGCACCUUCACCAAGAUCUCUCCUACGGAGCGGCAGCUGGUAGCUUGCCAACUCCUGCUUGAGGAGGGCGAGCGCCUCAAGAAACUAGUGCCUGACUAUAAACUGUAUGGACAUCGACAGCUGAGUGCCACUGAAAGUCCGGGCGAUAUACUUUAUGGCAUCAUACAGAAAUGGCCACACUGGACAAAUCAUACUCUAUAGUUUAAGCUUAAAACUCGAGUUCUUCGCUUUAAUUCGGAUUAUUAAAAUUCAUCACAUAACUUUAACUGAGCAAUCAAAAGCGAUGCUCAAAGAUGGCGUCAACCAGGCCAAGAUUGCGCCCAACUAUAAACUGGUUGGAGGCAGCACUUUGGAGCCGAUCGGCUGU